AAAGUGGCCAUCAGCUCUUCCAGCCCUGCUGUGGCAGCUUCGUUACCAUCCCCAUCCCAGGCCAGACAGCCACUCGUCAGCACUGGGGACAUCUUCAAGCUUCCAGGCAGGCUGAGAAUCCAGCCCUCACUGUGGAGCAAGGAUGACGUGAUCCACUGGCUCAGAUGGGCUGAGAGGGAAUAUUCCCUUCGGCAAACCGACGAAAGCAAGUUCGAAAUGAACGGCAAAGCCCUGUGCAUCCUCACCAAGGAGGACUUCAGACACAGAGCUCCCAGCUCAGGUGAUGUGCUGUAUGAAAUACUCUGCUUCAUCAAGACUCAAAGAAGAGCUCUGAUGUGCAGCCCUUUGCUGAACUCAUCCUUUGGGAAGCCCAGGAGCACGGAGGAAGGGACAGACUGCAGUGCUGAGUCUGCCCCAGUUGUUGUUCCCUCGUGGCUGGGCUGUGCAGAGCAGCCUGUGUUCCACAGCCACGUGGAGCCACUGAACCUGUCCCAUCACAGCUCAGAGAGUGGCUGCAGGGCAGGUGCCAUCUGCUCCUUGCCCACAACCCCGUCGGCCCCACUGGAUGGGAAAAUGGCAGACUGCAGGUUGCUGUGGGAAUACGUGUACCAGCUCCUCUCCGACAGCCGCUACGAGCCCUACAUCAGGUGGGAGGACAAGGAAGCCAAGGUCUUCCGGGUGGUUAACCCAAAUGGACUUGCCCAGCUCUGGGGGAACCACAAGAACCGGAUGAACAUGACCUAUGAGAAGAUGUCACGAGCACUCAGACAUUACUACAAACUCAACAUCAUCAAAAAGGAGCCAGGGCAGAAGCUGCUGUUUAGGUGAGAUGAAGCAGAACAGAGAAAUGAACCCGGAUCCCAUCUGAUGGUGCUUCCUGGGUUCCAAAAGCAAGA